AUUGUCAUGAAUUAUUUGCGUAUAUAAGUGAUCCACAACCACAAGUAAUUAGAAUAUUUGAAAAGGAAGAACCUUGUCUGAGAAAUCACGCCAGCUCUAUCUAUCAAUUCAGUACUACUUUACCUAUUCUCAAAUUAAGAAGAAGAUUUUCUCCCAAACCAAGUGCCCAUAGAUGGAUCUGGUAGAGCUCUGGGCAAUUUUUGGUCCAGGUGUGUCUGGGGCCAUCUUCGGCGCCGGUUGGUGGUUUUGGAUCGACGCCGUUGUUUGCAGCUCCGUCAAGGUUUCAUUCCUCCACUAUCUUCCUGGCAUUUUUGCAUCUUUGGCUGCUUUGAUGUUCAAUUGUGUUAGGAAAGAAGACAUUGAUUACUCUCCCUACGAAGAAGGCGAGUGGAGGUUGAAGCUUUGGCUGUUCUUUGCAUAUGUUGUGUCCUUUGUUUCUCUCGCGGCUUCAGUGGGUCUUCUGAUACAAGAUUCACUAGUGAAAACUGGCCCUUCAGUAUGGACAGGAACAGCUGGUGUCUUGCAGUGUGUGUUUGUCCUUGUCAGUGGGCUGAUGUAUUGGACUGUUCACUCGGAGUAACAGGGGAAUUCAAAUUGCUAUCAACUGGUUCUUUUUGAAUACUCAACACUACCAUAAGUGAGAAAUCGGUUGUUAAUUUGCUUUGUCUCACUUUCACUUAUUAUUUGUACAAACGAUUCUAUAAAAGGCAGUUCGCCAUGUAAAUGUUGUAUUUACAAUAUUGUUGUUAUCCUAACUGAAAAUGAUGUUAUUGUGGUCAUUUCAACAAGUCUAUCCCACCAAAACAUUUCUUUUUAA